AUGCCUGGCAAAAUUAGAACAGCUCAAUCUGUCUCCUUCGACACUCCCGCCGCAGACCAACCAUACCUGCACAACAGAUGGCAUCCAGAAGGUAACUUCACCCACCCCUCACUUCACUUCACCUCUAACAAACCAGUUCCAUCGAUCGCAACCGUCGAACCAGGCGAAACAGUCAAAAUCGAAUGUCUAGACUGGACAGGCGGCCAAAUCGGAAACAACGACAGCGCAGAUGACGUCCGCGAUGUGGACCUUACCAAGAUCCACUAUCUCACCGGACCAUUCGACAUCAAGGGUAGUGAACCUGGUGAUUUACUCGUCGUGAAUAUCACGGAUGUCCAACCGUUUGAUCAUUCUCCUUGGGGAUUCACUGGUAUUUUUGCAAAGAAGAACGGUGGUGGCUUUUUGUCGGAGCAUUAUCCUGAUGCUGCGAAAGCAAUCUGGGACUUUGACGGUGUUUAUUGCUCCAGUCGUCAUAUCCCUGGUGUUCGCUUCCCAGGCCUUAUUCACCCCGGUAUUCUGGGUUGUGCACCAUCUGCCGAGAUUCUCGCUGAGUGGAAUAAACGUGAGGGUGAAUUGGUGACUUCACUCGCUGAUUCGCAUCCUGAUCAAGUGGUCGCUCAACCUCCAAAUGAAGUCAAUGCUCACGGUGGACAAGCCAAGGGUGAUGUUAUGAGCAGAAUUGCAAAGGAGGGUGCUAGGACAAUUCCUGGAAGACCUGAACAUGGAGGAAAUUGUGAUAUUAAUAAUAUUUCUAGAGGAUCCAAGACGUAUCUUCCUGUUCAUGUCAAGGGAGCCAAGUUUUCUGUUGGAGAUCUUCAUUUUAGUCAGGGUGAUGGGGAGAUUAGCUUCUGCGGAGCUAUUGAGAUGGCUGGCAUCAUCACCAUCAAAUUCGACCUCAUCAAAGGCGGAAUGAAAUCACGAGGUCUCAAAUCUCCAGUAUAUCGCCCAGGAGACAUGGGUCCAACCUUUAGUCCCUCUCGCUACCUCACCUUUGAAGGUUUCUCCGUCGACGAGAAUGGAAAACAGCACUUUAUGGACGCAACAAUCGCAUACAGACAAUCCUGUCUGCGCGCAAUAGAAUAUCUCAAACAAUUCGGUUACUCUGGUGAACAAAUCUAUCUCCUGCUGUCCUGUGCGCCAAUCCGAGGAGCCAUCGCUGGUAUAGUCGACAUUCCCAACGCUUGCACCACGCUAGGUAUCCCGAUGGAUAUUUUCGACUUUGAUAUUUCGAUUGAGAGUGAGCCUGUUGCUAGGGAUCUUGGUGCUUGUCCUAUUUCUCGUUAG